AUGACUCCUUUGCCUCAGUCUUUACUAGCAAGACCAGCCUUCAGGAAUCGCAGGUCCCAGCGACUGGGGGAAAGUCUGGAGCAAAUGCUUGUGACUACUCCAGAGAAAUGGGAUGUAGUUACAAGAAAAAGUGUUGGUGAUGUAGCCCUCUCUCAGCUGGUAAAACUCUUGAUUCUCGAUGAAGUUCACCUGUUGCAUGAAGACAGAGGACCAGUACUUGAAAGUAUAGUAGCACGUACUUUACGUCAGGUUGAAUCUACACAAAGUAUGAUUAGGAUUUUGGGCCUUUCAGCUACAUUACCCAAUUAUCUUGAUGUUGCUACAUUUCUACACGUCAAUCCCUGCAUUGGACUGUUCUACUUUGAUGGCCGUUUCCGACCUGUACCACUGGGGCAAACCUUUAUAGGAAUUAAGACAACCAAUAAGGUGCAGCAGCUGAAUCAUAUGGAUGAAGUAUGUUAUGAAAAUGUGCUGAAGCAAAUAAUGGCUGGACACCAGGUGAUGGUGUUUGUUCAUGCUAGAAAUGCCACAGUACGAACUGCUAUGGGUCUUCGAGAAAAAGCAAAAAACAAUGGUCAUAUUUGUCACUUUUUGUCACCCCAAGGAUCAGAUUAUGGGCAAGCUGAAAAACAGGUACAGAGAUCCAGAAAUAAGCAGUUGCGUGAGCUGUUUCCAGAUGGAUUUAGUAUUCAUCAUGAGCGGCAAGACAGAAGUUUGGUUGAGAACUUGUUUUCUAAUGGACAUAUCAAAGUCCUAGUUUGUACAGCUACGCUUGCCUGGGGUGUCAAUCUUCCUGCUCAUGCUGUUGUUAUUAAGGGAACACAAAUAUAUGCUGCAAAAAGAGGCUCCUUUGUUGACCUUGGAAUUUUAGAUGUCAUGCAGAUAUUUGGUCGAGCUGGACGGCCUCAGUUUGACAAAUUCGGAGAAGGCAUCAUUAUUACAACUCAUGAUAAACUCAGUCAUUACCUGACUCUUCUUACUCAGCAGAAUCCAAUUGAAAGCCAAUUUCUUGAAAGCCUUGCAGACAACCUAAAUGCAGAGAUUGCCCUUGGAACAGUAACUAAUGUGGAAGAAGCAGUAAAGUGGAUAAGUUACACUUACCUUUAUGUACGGAUGAGAGCAAAUCCAUUAGUAUAUGGCAUCAGUCACAAAGCUUAUCAGAUGGAUCCAGGUCUAGAAAAGCACAGAGAACAAUUGGUAAUUGAAGUUGGCAGAAAACUGGACAAAGCCCGCAUGAUUCGCUUUGAAGAACGAACUGGCUUUUUUUCUUCGACAGAUUUAGGCAGAACUGCCAGCCACUACUAUAUUAAAUACAAUACUAUAGAGACUUUCAAUGAAUUGUUUGAUGCUCAUAAAACAGAAGGCGAUAUUCUUGCCAUAGUAUCAAAAGCUGAAGAAUUCGAACAGAUAAAGGUAAGAGAAGAAGAAAUAGAAGAGCUGGAUACCUUACUGAAUGAUUUCUGUGAACUUCCUGCUCCAGGAGGUGUGGAAAACAAUUAUGGAAAAAUAAAUAUCCUCCUUCAAACAUAUAUUAGCAGAGGGGAGAUGGACAGUUUCUCCCUUAUUUCAGAUUCUGCGUAUGUUGCACAGAAUGCAGCUCGUAUUGUUCGAGCUCUUUUCGAGAUUGCCCUUAGGAAACGUUGGCCUGCAAUGACAUAUCGACUACUGAAUCUCAGCAAAGUCAUUGACAAGCGGCUGUGGGGCUGGGUUAGCCCUUUGAGACAGUUCUCAGUGUUACCACCAUCAGUCCUCUCAAAGUUGGAAGAGAAGAAUCUCACUGUAGACAAGAUGAAGGAUAUGAGAAAAGAUGAAAUAGGUCAUAUGCUGCAUCAUGUGAAGAUCGGGUUAAAGGUAAAACAAUGUGUCCAUCAAAUCCCCUCCAUCAUAAUGGAAGCAACGAUUCAGCCAAUUACCCGCACGGUGCUCCGAGUUCGGCUGAACAUCACUCCUGACUUCACGUGGAAUGAUCAGGUACACGGCACUGUAGGAGAGCCCUGGUGGAUUUGGGUAGAAGAUCCUACUAAUGAUCAUAUUUAUCAUUCAGAGUACUUCAUCAUUCAAAAAAAACAGGUCAUUACUAAAGAACCUCAACUGCUGGUGUUCACAAUCCCAAUUUUUGAACCUCUUCCUUCUCAAUACUACAUUCGAGCUGUGUCCGACAGAUGGCUAGGAGCAGAGGCUGUAUGUAUCAUAAAUUUUCAACAUUUGAUUCUUCCAGAGAGACAUCCACCCCACACAGAGCUUCUAGAUCUUCAGCCUUUGCCUAUCACAGCCUUAGGACAUCGGGAAUAUGAAGCCCUGUACAAAUUCACGCACUUCAAUCCUAUCCAGACCCAGAUAUUUCAUACACUUUAUCACACAGACUGUAAUGUUCUUCUUGGAGCACCUACAGGUUCUGGAAAAACUGUUGCAGCUGAAUUAGCCAUCUUCAGAGUUUUUAACAAGUAUCCCACAUCAAAGGCAGUGUAUAUUGCGCCCUUAAAAGCACUCGUUCGUGAGAGAAUUGAGGACUGGAAAGUUAGGAUUGAAGAAAAACUUGGUAAAAAGGUUGUGGAGUUGACAGGAGAUGUGACUCCCGAUAUGAGAGCUAUUGCCCAAGCUGACCUGAUUGUUACUACCCCAGAGAAGUGGGAUGGUGUCAGCAGAAGCUGGCAGAACAGAAGCUAUGUUCAGAAAGUUUCCAUUCUUAUCAUAGAUGAGAUCCAUCUGCUAGGGGAUGAGAGAGGCCCAGUAUUGGAAGUCAUUGUGUCUCGAACAAACUUCAUCUCAUCUCACACAGAGAAGCCUGUAAGAGUAGUUGGUUUAUCCACUGCUUUAGCAAAUGCCAGAGACCUUGCUGACUGGUUAAAUAUUAAUCAGAUGGGUCUGUUCAACUUCCGACCAUCAGUACGCCCAGUUCCUCUGGAGGUGCACAUUCAGGGCUUCCCUGGCCAGCAUUACUGUCCUCGCAUGGCCAGCAUGAACAAACCUGCAUUUCAGGCAAUUCGGAGUCAUUCUCCAGCCAAGCCUGUGCUUAUUUUUGUGUCAUCCAGACGUCAGACAAGGCUUACUGCCUUAGAUCUGAUAGCUUUCCUAGCCACCGAGGAUGAUCCCAAACAAUGGCUGAAGAUGGAUGAAAGAGAGAUGAAUGACAUUAUAGUGACAGUUAGAGAUUCAAAUCUGAAGCUGACGCUUGCUUUUGGAAUAGGCAUGCACCAUGCAGGUCUGCAUGAGAGAGACAGGAAAACUGUGGAAGAAUUGUUUGUGAACUGCAAAAUCCAGGUUCUUAUUGCCACAAGCACAUUAGCUUGGGGUGUAAAUUUUCCAGCUCAUUUAGUAAUUGUUAAAGGAACAGAAUACUAUGAUGGAAAAACAAGGCGUUACGUGGAUUAUCCCAUUACAGAUGUACUUCAGAUGAUGGGACGUGCUGGCAGACCACAGUUUGAUGACCAAGGAAAGGCUGUAAUUCUAGUUCAUGAUAUUAAGAAAGACUUCUACAAAAAAUUCCUUUAUGAACCUUUCCCAGUGGAAUCAAGCUUGUUAGAAGUGCUGGCUGACCACUUAAAUGCUGAAAUUGCUGCUGGAACUGUCACUUCUAAGCAGGAUGCAAUGGAUUAUAUCACCUGGACUUAUUUCUUCCGUCGACUUAUAAUGAACCCAACUUACUAUAACUUGGAUGAUGUGAGCCAUGACACAAUGAAUAAGUACCUCUCAAGCCUUGUUGAGAAAUCCCUCUUUGAUUUGGAAUGCUCCUACUGUAUUGAAAUUGGGGAGGAUAAUCGCAGCAUUGAACCUCUGACAUAUGGCCGCAUUGCUUCCUAUUACUAUUUGAAGCAUCCAACUAUUGGGAUGUUCAAAGAUCAGUUGAAACCUGAAAGCAACAUUGAAGAAUUGCUCUUAAUUCUGACAAAUGCUGAGGAGUACACAGAUCUGCCUGUGAGACACAAUGAAGAUCAGAUGAACAGUGAACUGGCAAAACAUCUUCCAAUUGAAGUCAAUCCCCACUCAUUUGACAGUUCACACACGAAAACACACCUCCUGCUGCAAGCCCACUUCAGUCAUACCAUGCUGCCUUGUCCAGAUUAUGCAACUGAUACAAAGACAGUGCUGGACCAAGCAAUUAGAAUAUGUCAGGCAAUGCUGGAUGUUGCAGCACAUCAUGGCUGGCUGGUGACUGCUCUGAAUAUCACCGGUCUGGUGCAGAUGGUGGUUCAGGGAAGAUGGAUACACGACUCUUCCCUGCUUACCCUGCCCAAUAUAGAGCCACAACACCUUUACCUUUUCAGGAAGUGGAGCCAAGGCAAAAGGAAGAGUGUGCAUGGAGGUUACCAAGGACCUAUCGAGUGUCUGCCCGAACUAAUGGCUGCCUGCGAAGGAAAAGAGAAUGUUUUUGCUUCCAUUCUGGACAGUGAAUUGCAAACAGCACACAUUUCACAGGCUUGGAAUUUCUUGUGUCGUUUGCCAAUUCUAAACGUCAGCCUGAGCAUUAAGGGCUGUUGGGAUGACCCAGUUCAGGCACAGAACGAAGUGCCUGUUCCUUCUUUGAUAACAGACUCGCGGGACGACAAAAGAUGGAUCAAAUUACAUGCUGAUCAAGAGUAUGUGCUCCAAAUAAAUCUGCAGAGAACCCAGAUGGGGUAUCAGGGAAAGCAAGACAGUAAAGCAGUGGCUCCUCGAUUCCCCAAAGUUAAAGAUGAAGGAUGGUUUUUGAUACUGGGAGAAGUCGAUAAAAAGGAACUCAUCGCCCUGAAGAGAACUGGAUAUGUCAGAAAUCGAAAUACUGUUUCCGUUGCUUUUUAUACCCCGGAAACUCCUGGAAAGUGUAUCUACACCUUGUAUCUCAUGAGUGACAGUUACCUUGGCAUGGACCAACAGUAUGAUAUUUACCUGAACAUUAUACCAGCCAGUCCUUCAGCACAAGUCACUACAGAGGUGUCUGAUGCUAUGAGUCACCUGGCUCUGAAGUAAGGUCUUCUGAAAAGCCCGUUCAAAAGAACUGGCCUUGCAGCUAAGACAUCGGGUCAUUCUGGACAUCCAAAAAUGCGUUUGCCUUAGUGGAACCAACUUCAAACCUCAAGACAACUAGGAAAUUGCAAGUGACUACUGUAUUGACUCUGGUAACAGAGUUAGCCACAGUGGCCUUACUCCUUUAUAAAGAUUUGUCUCUUCUUGUUUCAUCUCUCUUCUUUCAGAAGU